AUGACUGAGCUAUUUGACCGACCGAGCUUGAUGCCACCAUUGAUCACCCCGAGCUUUUCACCCAAAGACCAUAAUAUCGGCACCCUCUUGGCCCAUAGAAUGGAAGAGCUGGGAGUUAAGGACUUCUUUGCCGUCCCAGGUGACUCAAAUCUGACCCUGCUUGAUCAGCUUUUGAAAAACCCAAGCCUACACCUUAUUGGGUGCUGUAAUGAGUUGAAUGCUGGCUACGCUGCAGAUAGGUACGCGCGAAGUUCCCCUACCAAAGUUGCGGUUGUGAUAGUCACCUUCACGGUUGGGAGCCUAUCACUGCUUAAUACAAUUGCAGGAGCCUAUUCUGAGCGACUUAAGAUCAUAAUUAUCUCAGGCUGUCCAAGCUCAAAAUUGCUGACAGAGGGGAGUCUCCUCCAUCAUACGACAGGUAGAGCGAGCAAGGACCAAGCACUGCGUGUAUUCCAAGAGUUCACGGCUACCUCAAUCCGUCUGGAUUCCAGUGAAUAUGCUGCACUCCGCCUAGAUGAAGCUCUCUCUCAGUGCAUUCAUAAAUCACUGCCAGUCUACAUUGAGAUUCCCACCGAUAUAGUGGGGGUUGUGGGCAAUGCAGCAACUCCUUUGCAGAUUUCACCGCCAACAUUAAUUCAAUCAGAGGCCGUCGAUGAAAUUAUAUCCCCACUGAUUGCCACCUGGAAUGCAGCGCACCGGCCGAUUUUGAUCAUUGGUGCUCUGGCACGCUUCUUCCUCUCGACAGAAGCUCUGAUAGCAUUUGCUGAAAAGCUGGGUUGCGCCGUCUUCUGCCAGCCGGAUGCCAAAUCAACGCUACCAGAGUCACACCCUCAGUUUGUGGGCACAUUUUGGGCCAUUGCUUCCAAGCCCGAAUGUAGAGAUAUUGUGAUGGACGCUGACCUCUGGGUGGUAGUUGGAGGCCGUUGGUCUGAUUUGCACACGGUGGGAGGUCUCAAUAUCAAAGAGGAGCGCCGACGUAUGAUUAAUAUCCAGGAAACAUCUAUACGAAUGCCGUAUGGUCGAUUGUUUCAAGAUUUAUGCCUAGCCAAUGUUCUUGGCGCUUUUCUGCGGUCCUCAAUUCUCCCCAAAAGAGAAACACUUCUUUCAUCCCAAUGGAAGUCGCGUGAACAGACCAGAGUCAACAGUCCUGUACUUGGCGAAGCUCUCACAGUGCGUGGGAUCGUGGAUGUUAUCCAACAGCUAAUUACAAGCAAAGACACCUUGAUAGCUGAUACGGGGGAUGCUUGGUUCAAUGCCGCCGAUAUUUCGCUCCCCAUGGGGGCGAACUUUCAAAUUCAGCUAGUUUAUGCGUCUCUGGGAUGGAGCCUACCUGCUGCGCUUGGCUGCCAACUAGCUCGCCCCGAUGGGCGAACAAUCCUCAUGAUUGGUGAUGGCGCUUUUCAAAUGACUGCUCAAGAGCUAAGUACUGCCAUCCGAAGUAGAGCCAACAUGAUAGUCUUCAUCUUCAACAAUCUGGGUUAUCAGAUCGAGUCUGCAAUUCAUGAUGGACCGUAUAAUUACAUCGCCAAUUGGAACUAUGCCAAAUUCGCUUCCGCCAUGUGUACACCCAAGCAUACAAGAACAUGCAACGACCCGUUCGCAUCUCAAUUGGACAAAGACCGGGGUCUUAAUCCGGCAUUUUUCUCGAUGCAAAUCAAAACACAAGCCGAUCUGCUAUCAGCCUUAGAUCGGAUCAAUUUGGAGCCAUGGAAACUAGCCCUCUUGGAGUGCUGCAUUCAGCCCGGCGAUGUCAGUGUUGGUCUACGGCAGCUUGCAGGUGCACUCUCUGAAACAGUCCAGUGA